CACUUGCUGUUAUUUUCAGAUAAGUGAAGCUUGCAAAUUUGAAUUAAGCUAAAUGUAUACGUUUUAUUUAUAUACAGCAGAAUACAGGACAUACAGGAUACACUCCCAAAACACAUUUUCAAAUACACAGACAGGGCGAAACAUGACACGUGAUCUAUUUGUGGCUCUGUUUGUUUUUAAAUUAACUACUGCAGGAACUUAAACACAUUUACAUCAAGUCCAUUUGCAUUUGCAAGUGUUGUUUUAUUUAUUUUCCAGAUGUGUUUGGCAGUGAAUCCGUGUCAGUGAUGGUGGGAGAUUCUGUGACUUUAUCUGUCAGUCUCACUGAAUCACAGAUAAAAGAGGGAAUCACCUGGAAGUUUGGGCCCAAAGAGUUUCGUAUAGCAGGAGUCAUGAGAGAGGACAAUAAUGUCAGAUUAUUUGAUGAUAAACCUGAUGGGAGAUUCAAAAACAGACUUAAGUUAAACAAACUUGAUGGAUCUCUGACCAUCACAAACACCAACAUCACACACACUGGACUUUAUCAACUAAUCAACACCAACACAAAUGCCAAACUCAAAACAUUCAACAUUACUGUCUAUGCUCGUCUACCCGUUCCUGUUAUCAGCAAAGACUCUUCACAAAGUUCAUCAUCAAAAAAAUCAAGAACAAAUCACCAGAAAGACGAAGAAAGCUCAAAUUGUUCAUUAUUGUGUUCAGUGUUGAAUGUGAGAGAUGUGAGUCUGUCCUGGUAUAAAGGAAACAGUUUAUUGUCUAUCAUCAGUGUGUCUGAUCUCAACAUCAGACUCUCUCUAUCUCUGGAGGUGGAUUAUCAGGAUAACAACACAUACAGCUGUGUACUCAACAAUACCAUUGUGAAUCAGACUCAAUAUCUAAACAUCAAUGAUGUCUGUCAGUCAUGUUCAGGUAUGAUUGUAGUGAUUGUUAGUGUUUAUGUCCUUUAUCAAAGUCCACCAUAAAUGCACACAAACAAUAUUAAACUUAUUUAAUCUUGAAUGACUGAUACAGUUUGCUUGAAAGGUUGUGAUGAUUAAUUGUGCAUUGUUUUUCUCUCACAAGCCUUCUGCUGUUGUGGUUUUACUGAAGCUGUAAUCCGAUUGGUCGUCUCUGUUCUGGUGGGUGUGGCUACUGUUGCUGUUCUGGUUUAUGAGAUCAGAACCUGAUAAGA